GUCACAUAGGAGAGGCGCCUAACGCAAAUAUCACCAGCACAAAGCAACCCCUCCCUUGGUCAGGCAAGCAGCCUUGCUCAGGUGCUUUCACACAAGGGUAGCCUUCUGGGCAUGCCCAAUUGCUGCCUCUCACAGUAUAUAAACUGUCCCACGAGCAAACAAUAUCCAUACAACCCAUAUCCAGCACCAGAGGGGUUGUCACAAAAUGAAGACUUUCCUUUUCCUCCUGCUGGCAGCAGUCCUGUGCCUGGUCUCAGGUUCUUCCUUGGAAUGUUACCAGUGCUCCUCACAGCUCAGCAACUCCAAAUGUAAAACAAAAGUGACCUGCGAGGAAAAUGAAAUGUGCAAGACAGAAGUGAUAAGGGCCAUAGGGCUCUUCAGCAUCAUCAGCAAGGGCUGUGAUUCAUCGUGUCAACCAAAAUAUGAAGACUUCAGCGUAGGCAACAGGAACAUCACCUGCUGCAGCAGCAACCUCUGCAAUGCCAACGCAGCAGGCAGCGUGAGGAGCAGCUAUGGGAUGGUGGCAGGGAUAGCAGCUGGUGUGUUCUGGACCUUCCUUCACAGCAGACAGUGAGGACCAAAGAGGACUCCCAUGACCUCAAAAAGUCUUGGAGUACCCCUCUCACAACAGGAAUUGUAACCUGGAGCAACGUGCGUUGAGCACACAUAGUUCUUGGAGCUGAUGGCAGAUCUUUGCCAUAUGAUAGCUUCUUAAUUGUUGUAUUGCUGUAGUGCUACCAGAUAAGAAAAUAUGUGUGCAUGCUGUCUGCAUAACACCUAAAAUAUACUUAUU